AUGUGUGAAGCUGCUCUCGCGGUACUUUCCUCUUUCUCCAGCGUGGCUGCAGAUCGACUGACUCUCUUGCGCUUGGAGCACUCUCUGCCUUUUCGCUGUUGCUGCUGCUUGUGUCUUUGGUUUCUCUUUGUCCCCCCCCCCACAACUUUCCUUCUAUCGAAAAUGGACAUGCGAGGUUUGGCUCACUUCAUCCGGGAUAUCCGCCGGGCUACUGGAAAUAAAAAGGAUGAAGAAAGCCGUGUUGAUGAGGAGCUCGCCAAAAUCCGUGCGAAGUUCAUCCAUACCAGCACGAUGACGACGUAUGACCGAAAGAAAUACGUGUGCAAGCUGAUGUUCAUCUCCAUGCUUGGCUACCGCAUUACGUUUGGCCACAUGGAGGGCCUGAAGCUGAUGUCUGAGGAAACUCCUUCGGCGAAGCUGAUCGGCUACCUCUCCACAUCUGUCCUCCUCAACGAGAACAGCGAUCUUUUAACCCUCACCACCCACACUGUGUAUCGAGACCUGCUGUCGACUUCUGAUCUCAGCCGAAGUCUGGCGCUCACCGCGGUGGCAAACACCGGCAGCCGCGACUUUGUGGAGGUGAUGCACGAGGGCGUGUACUCCAUUGUCAUGGACGACUCCGUCAAUGAGCACAUCCGCAAGAAAGGGCUGCUGACGCUGCUCCACAUUUACCGCAAGUACCCUGAGAUUGUCGACCUGCAAUCGGCGGUGCCGAAGGCGGCGGAGCUUCUGCUGUCGGCGCAGGACGGUGUGAGCAUGUGUGCUGUGACGUUUCUCAACGGAUGCAUCAGCAAGGAGACGGAGUCGAUGUACAUCGGCAUUCUCUCCAAACUCAUCCAAGUCCUUGCGCGCAUCAUCUUGGAGAAGCAGACGGAGCCCGGCUACGUCUACUACGGUGUGCCGGCGCCGUGGCUUCAGGCUAAGCUUCUGCGUCUGCUGCAGUACUUCCCCCUCCCCACCGAGGUUGACCAGCGCGACCGCAUCAUUUUGGUUUUGCGCAAGAUCGUGAAAGCCACUGACAAGGUACUAAAGGACGCGCAGACGCAGCAGAAGCAGCGCGGCACGCAAAACCGCGUGAGCGCCAUGAACGCCGUGCUGUUCGAGGUGGUGUCACUCUGCAUCCAGUGGGAUGUUGGGCUGAAGCUCAUUCUCGAGUGUGUGGCCGUGAUCAGCUCCUUCUUGUCCGACAAGCGCGAGGCCAACCUCCGCUACAUCGGACUAAGUCUGCUUGCCCGGCUCAGCUUCGUCGAUGUGCCCGGCUUUGACUUCCAGACGCACUGCCGACAGUAUCAACAGCAGAUCAUCGUCGGGCUGCACGACACCGACGUAUCGAUUCGCAAGAAGGCCCUCGAUGUUCUGGUGGCCAUGUGUAACCCCAGCACGGCGGACAACAUCAUCAAGGAGCUGCUCUCUUAUCUGCCCAUCGCCACAGAUCCCAACUUCAAGUCGAGCCUCGUGCUUUCCAUCGCUCUCUUGUCGGAGAAAUACUGCCAGGAUUACAACACCUACGUGGACAUCAUGCUGACCAUCGUGUCUGAAGCGGGGGACCUGUGUCCGCCCGACAUAUCUUACCGUGUGGUGCAGGUCGUCGUGAACGACUCCUCGGUGCAGAAGCGGGCGGCGAAUAUGGUCUUCCAAGAGCUGCGGACAAAGUCACGGCUUUCCGAAAUGAUGACGCGCGUGGCGGCGUUCAUUCUGGCCGAGUUCGGCUACCAAAUCGCGCUCAACGCGGAAAGCACGCCAACGAUGCAGUUCAACCUCCUCACCCAGCAGCUGAGUUACACCUCCGUGGUGACACAGAGCACCAUUCUGGCCACCUUCCUCAAAUUCUACACGCUGUACGACGAUGUAGCAGUGCGGGAGAAGAUCGUCAAGACCCUGCAGUCGUUCACCAACAGCCCUUACCCGGAGCUGCAGCAGCGUGCGACUGAAUACAUCGCACUCAUCGAGAACGCCAGGUCGGAGGUGCUGGAGAAGAUCUGCGAGCCCAUGCCGCCGUUUCGCGAUGACGUAAACACCGUCAUGAACCAAGUGAAGCGCAUGCAGAGCAGCGUGCAGGACAUCUGGGCGCUGAAGAUUUUGGAGCGCGGGGUAUCUCACCCGACGCAGUCCUCCAAGCACAAGUCCAGGUCCCAGGACGGGGCGAGCCGGAAGGAAAGCGCGAAGCAGUCUGUCAAACUGAACGAUCUGUCGUCGCUGUCGUCGCAGGCGCCUACACAAGGCGACGGCACCGAUCAAGUCAGCGUAGAGCUCGACGCUUUGCUAGACGUGGAGCUGCCGUAUCAGAACAUCGAGAACAUACGAACUGCUUAUCAAGAGCACCGCCGCGGACUGUUUCAGCUGUCCAGGGCGGACAAGGGUAUUCUCUUCGCCAACGACGUCGUCGAGCUGCAGUGCACCAAGUCGACGUACGGGGCAGACGCUCACAUCGGCGUCACAGUGCGUGACAGGACCGGCAAAGGGCUGCAGCAGGUCGCCCUCGAGGUGAUCCGUGCGGACGCAGGUCUCAUUUUGCAAUCGCGCACAAAAGAUGGCAGCACGGUGGCACCGGGCGGCUCCAUCAAGGUCGACCUCGCCGCGCGCUCGUGCUUCGCCUUCGGCACCUCCCCGAGCGUGCGGCUGCAGUACGCUUCGGCCGCCGUGGACAACGCACGUGUCUGCACGGAGGUGCUCUCGCUGCCCAUCCUCGCCACCACGUUUUUCACGCCGUACCACGUAGACUCGGAAGCCAGCUUCACGCAGCUGUACAAGACGACGAAGCAGCAUUCCUCCUUUGCUAGCUGGCGAAGAACCUCGGCGACGUCACCGAUUCCGGACAGGAACACGCUUAUCCGCCUACUUGAAGCGCAGGGGUACCAAGCAAAAGCCACGAACUCCGAUACAACUGUUGGGAUUGCCGCCUUUGCCGUCCAGCCAAAGGACCGCGUCGAUUACGUCCCCGUCGUGUGCGAAAUUCAGACCUCUACGCGCGAGAUACAGGUCUCUGUGUACGCGGAAGAUGCUGUACUGCAACACGGGACCUUAGACACCGUGGAAUUUAUCUUUCAGUAG